UUCGCCAGGCUCGCCUCCCAGCGCCCCUCGGCGCCGCCGCCGCCUGCGCGCACACACAUUUGCCCGGCGCGGCUCCUCCCCUUUCCUUAACUUGCUGCGCUUCUAAGUUGCCUCCGGCAGAGUCCCAGCCUGCGCCCCCCGGCCCACCUUCUCGCUCCCGCUUCCCCGGACAGCUUCCGACCCUCCCCGCGUGGACUCCGCUCGAUCCGGAGGGAAUCUCGCCUCUUGCCACCCGCCCGCUUCGCUCGGAGUCUGGAAAGGAUUUCUGUUGUCACUGAUCAAGGAAAAGGAGUUUUCAUCCCCCUCCCCACCACAGAGAUUUUUUAACAGCAGCAAAUCUAUAAAGUAGAGGCGUUGUGAGCUAUAGAUGACUAAAAGUAACGGUGAAGACACGAGGUCAGGCAACAGGAUGGAGCGCAUUCAGCAAGGAGUCCGAAAACGUACUCUCCUGGCAAAGAAGAAAGUGCAGAGCAUCACAAAGGAUGAUGUCAAAAGUUACUUACUGAGGAAUUUUUUUGUGCUCUUCACCAUCAUUGCUGUCAUUGUCGGUAUCAUCCUUGGAUUUGGUCUUCGGUCAUACCACUUCAGCUACCGAGAAGUGAAGUACUUUUCCUUCCCAGGCGAACUCUUAAUGAGAAUGUUGCAGAUGCUGGUUUUGCCUCUCAUUGUAUCCAGCUUAGUAACAGGAGUUGCUGCCCUGGACAGCAAAGCAUCAGGGAAGAUGGGGCUCCGAGCCGUCGUCUACUACAUGAGCACCACGAUCAUUGCUGUCCUAAUUGGAAUUAUCAUGGUGGUCAUCAUCCAUCCAGGGAAAGGGUCGAAGGAAAAAAUGCAUCGAGAAGGCAAGAUUGUCCGAGUGACAGCUGCAGACGCCUUUCUGGACUUGAUCAGAAACAUGUUCCCUCCGAAUCUGGUGGAAGCCUGCUUUAAACAGUUCAAAACAAACUAUGAGGAACGGACACCUAGUAUAGCAGUUGACUCAAACGAAACAUCUGUCCUUGCUGGCAUUAUAAACAAUGUGUCCGAAGCAAUGGAAAACCUAACUCAGUUGAAAAAGGAGAUGAUCCCUGUUCCAGGGGCUGUAAAUGGAGUAAAUGCACUUGGACUGGUUGUGUUCUCAAUCAGCUUUGGACUGGUGAUAGGGAACAUGAAGGAGCAAGGACGAGCAUUGAGAGAAUUCUUUGAUAGCCUUAAUGAGGCUAUCAUGCGCCUCGUAUCACUAAUCAUGUGGUAUGCACCACUUGGUAUCCUGUUUUUGAUUGCUGGAAAAAUUGUUGAGAUGGAAGAUAUGGGUGUGAUUGGAGGGCAGCUUGCCAUGUAUACUGUUACGGUCAUCAUUGGCUUGCUCAUCCAUGCUAUUGUAGUGCUGCCUUUACUCUACUUCCUCAUCACUCGAAAGAACCCUUGGGUCUUCAUUGGAGGAUUGCUGCAAGCUCUCAUCACAGCCCUGGGAACAUCUUCAAGUUCUGCCACCUUGCCGAUCACAUUUAGGUGUUUGGAAGAGAAUAAUGGAGUAGAUAAACGCAUUACAAGAUUUGUGCUUCCUGUGGGUGCAACUAUUAACAUGGAUGGUACAGCUUUGUAUGAGGCACUGGCUGCAAUUUUCAUUGCACAGGUUAAUAACAUGGACCUCAACUUUGGACAGAUUAUCACAAUCAGCAUUACGGCUACAGCAGCCAGCAUUGGUGCAGCAGGAAUUCCUCAGGCUGGCCUCGUCACUAUGGUGAUCGUAUUGACAUCUGUUGGUUUGCCUACAGACGAUAUCACCCUUAUCAUUGCAGUGGAUUGGUUUUUGGAUCGUCUGCGUACCACCACCAACGUUUUGGGAGACUCUAUCGGCGCAGGGAUUGUAGAACACUUAUCGCGGCAUGAGUUGAGGAGCAAGGAUGCUGAGAUGGGUAACUCUGUGAUAGAGGAGAAUGAAAUGAAGAAGCCUUACCAGCUGAUCUCCCAAGAGAACGAGAAUGAAAAGCCCUUAGACAGUGAAACCAAGAUGUAAGGUAGAGGACCGAUACAAAGCACUAGAGACGCAGAAAGCGUACACUUCCUCCAAUCCUUUCUGUAACUUGUCCGUUUGUUCCUCAUCUCUCUCUAUAUAUACAAGCAGAGCACUGAAAAGGUUUAGGGCUUAACUAGACAUGAUGAGAGACGUGAGGUUAUAUCCAGUGGUGUCACUCAGCUGUUAUUAAGGCUUCCAUCAGCAGGAAGGGAAGCUAUUUUCAGCCAUUUCCUCAUAGGCCUAGAGCCCCUCUCACACCCUAUAUCUGCUCCUGAGAGUUGUGGAACCCUCCAGUGCAGCUUAGGGAAGUGCUUCCCUCCUCAUUUCGCUGAUGGAAGCUUCACUGUCAGUUCAGUGAUGUUACUGGAUAAAACCCAUGGUGGCUACAUGCAAGGUCUCUUCGCCCCCUUCUCCUUGUGCUUGCAUCUAGGUAAGCACAACACGUAUUGUGAUGUCAUCACUGUGUGCAUCGCCUGCAUCCAGUCCUGUGUGGCCGGAAGAGGGCAAUGCACAGCACAAUGACAUCAUUCCACGUGGUAUGUUUACCUGGAUAAAGGUUUCAGGUGGCAUGUGGAAGGAGAGGGGAAAGAAGAUUGAGUGGCUCCAGCGCUACAUCUUCUGUAAUGUCUAGUUAAGUCCUUGCUGAAAAAUAUACCCUAUUACUUAGUAAUGAAUGUGUUAUAUGAUUGUAUCCCAUUAAAACAAUACUAAGAUGAAAUACCAAGCAUACAACAUUAUGACAUGAUAUGAUGUGAUGUGCUAUGGGGAUGGGAUAUAUUGUGUAAUCAAAUUACCAAGAAUAUUCAAGUGCACAUGUUGCAUAGUCCUGUAAAUGUGAUCUCACUUUAUGUAAACUGAAGCAGCAAAGCAGACAAGAAAUCUUGGAAAGGGGGGUUGUUUGUUUGACUGUUACACAUUCUUCACACCAGGAAGGCUGUAAUCCUAUACACAUUUACCUGGGAGUAAGUCCUGCUGAAUUUAAUGGACCUUACUCCUGAGUAGACACAUAUAGGAUUGCAUUGUAAAUUUACUUUUUACACUUGAUGCUAUUCUCCUGAAAAGUGAGUAGCAAAUUUUGGUUUCUCUUUUUAAAUAUAUUAUUUCCUUAUUUUAUUGCUAUUGGAGCACUAAAAAUAGGGAUACUGAUUUUUGUUUUAAAUGCAUGGACAAUAUGUCCCACAACUUGCUCUAGUUACCAUCUAAGCAAAAAAGGAUGUAUCAUAGUUUCAUUUCUACCUAAUGGGAUAUUUUAGGAUCAGGAAAAGCUUCCUGGUACUGCGCACCUUCAAGUCCCAUUUAAUUCCUAGAUCAUGAACCUAGAAAAAUGCAUUUGUGUAUGUGUAACAUUACUGUUCCUCUUUUGGAUUAUGGCAUUACUACUUAACACAAGUACUGUUACCCAUGCGCACUGUCUUUUCAGGAUCAGAGAUCUAAUAUACACAUGCACUUUGGAACAUAAACUGUCUUCAUCCCUUCGUUGCAGGGGGUGGGGGAUAUUAAACUGUUGAUACCACAACAGUGUGGGCUUUUUUGAAACAACUUCUAGGCGUCCCCCUCCCACCGGACAUAAUUAUCCAGCCACUUACUUAACUCUGAACAUUCCAUUGAUUUAACUAGAUCAGGCCUGCCCAAGUUGUGAUCCACCCAACUGAAUGUAGCCCACCAGUAAUGAUAGUUCAAGAAACUUCCUGCUGUUGCUGCACACGACAGAUCACAGAAACAAGAGGAUUAUCACGCAUCAGACCGAUAGUGAGCUACAUUUGGCUGUGUCGUGGGCCAUAAAUUGUGAAGGCCAGUCCUAGAGCUCUAGCUGCACAGUGAGUUGAGUUUGACAUGCAUUUUAACUUUCGAUGGGAGUUGGGAUCCUAAGUGACACUUUAUAAAGGCAUAUCAGUUUUAUAUUCCCACUCAAGUGUGUACUUUAGCUGGUGCUGAUAAUUCUAUUAAAGAUCCCUAGCCCACUCAAAAAGAGUUACUUAUUAGGAUAGUUUAAAUCUGUGACACAGAUACAACCUGCUUAUCAUCUCACUUCUAACUGCUGUACAGGGCUCAUUAAAGCUGGCCACCUAAAGUGGUU